AGCGGGCGCUGCCAGCCGCUCCCACUCCCGCUCCCGGCCCGGCGCUCCCGGCCCGGCGGGAGGGCCAUGCCCCGGGUUCCGGCCGCAGCGCGCACUCAGGCCCAGCAAUGAGGAGCGGCGCCGAACGCCGGGGCAGCAGCACCUCGGCGCCCCCGGGCUCGCCGCCCUCCGGUCGCGCGCGCCCUGCGGGUCCCGACGCGCCCCUGGCGCUGCAGCCGCCCGCCGCCGGCCAGCCCCGAGCCCGCGACUCUGGCGAUGCCCGCGCGCAGCCGCGUCCGCUGUUUGCGUGGAUCAAGUGGAAGAAGAGGAUGGGCUCAUCCGUGUCAGCAGCCACGGCGCGGAGGCCGGUUUUUGACGACAAGGAGGACGUGAACUUCGACCACUUCCAGAUCCUGCGGGCCAUUGGGAAGGGCAGCUUCGGCAAGGUGUGCAUCGUGCAGAAGCGGGACACAGAGAAGAUGUACGCCAUGAAGUACAUGAACAAGCAGCAGUGUAUCGAGCGCGAUGAGGUCCGCAAUGUGUUCCGGGAGUUGGAGAUCCUGCAGGAGGUCGAGCAUGUCUUCCUGGUGAACCUUUGGUACUCCUUCCAGGACGAGGAGGACAUGUUCAUGGUGGUGGACCUGCUGCUGGGAGGGGACCUGCGCUACCACCUGCAGCAGAAUGUCCAGUUCUCCGAGGACACGGUGAGGCUGUACAUCUGCGAAAUGGCGCUGGCCCUCGACUACCUACGCAGCCAGCACAUCAUCCACAGAGAUGUCAAGCCUGACAACAUUCUGCUGGAUGAGCAAGGACACGCGCACCUGACGGACUUCAACGUGGCCACCAUCAUAAAGGAUGGGGAAAGGGCGACCGCGCUGGCUGGGACCAAGCCGUACAUGGCUCCGGAGAUCUUCCAAUCUUUCGUCAAUGGUGGGACCGGCUACUCCUUUGAGGUGGACUGGUGGUCGGUGGGGGUGAUGGCCUACGAGCUGCUAAGAGGAUGGAGGCCCUACGACAUCCACUCCAGCAAUGCUGUGGAGUCGCUGGUACAGCUGUUCAGCACCAUGAGCGUCCAGUACGUCCCCUCCUGGUCCAAGGAGAUGGUGGCCCUGCUUCAGAAGCUCCUCACUGUGAACCCCAAGCACCGUGUCUCCAGCCUCCAGGACAUGCAGGCCGCCCCGUCGCUGGCCAAUGUGCUGUGGGACGACCUGAGUAAGAAGAAGGUGGAGCCGGGUUUUGUGCCCAACAAAGGCCGCCUGCACUGCGACCCCACUUUCGAACUGGAGGAGAUGAUCCUGGAGUCGAGGCCCCUGCACAAGAAGAAGAAGCGGCUGGCCAAGAACCGGUCCCGGGAGAGCAGCAGGGACAGCUCCCAGUCCGAAAAUGACUACCUGCAGGACUGCCUCGACGCCAUCCAGCAAGACUUUGUGGUCUUUAACAGAGAAAAGCUGAAGAGGGGCCAGGACCCCACAGGUGAGCCCCGGCCCACACCCGAGGCCAGGGACGUGGACAGCGAGUUCCCCAUGGACGGUGAGGAGGUGCGCUCUGCCCUGCCUGUGUGCGGCUCCAUCUGCCCCUCGGGGAGCAGCUAGGAGCCUGCAGCCCAGAGUUGCUGACUCAGCUUGCAUUGGAGACUCAGGUCCGCCCGAGGGACAGGGUGACAGGGUGACGGGUGCACGCCCAGCACUGACAUUCCCACUGAGAAGCCUGCUCUCCAAGCACAGACCCAGCAGGUGGCCCUGCUGUGUCCUGGCCACAUUUUCACUGUUACUGUCUGACCACCCUGCUACUGGGCUCUCGGAGAUACAGGUGAUGAGAAGCUGUCCAUGUGGCCUGCAGUGGUGGACAAAAGUGGGUGCCACCAGGGCCACUCCGGUUACAUGUGGAGGGAGGCAAGCUGCCACCUGCCCUGCCUCUCCGGCCGCCCCCGACUGGCCCACUGGCAGGUCACGGAGGCCACGCGGUGGGACAGGAGCUCGUCCCUCCCCACCUCUCGGCUGUUCAGGGGCCUGCUCACCCGUCUCUGCUCACCGUCCAUAAGCUUGCUGCCCGGAGCUGUGGGGUGGCCCAGGGUCUGAGGUUCUUGUACAUCAGGGGGGCGGGGCGCGGGUGGGGUGGGAAGGUGAGGAUGUUUUAUGGACACACAAAUGGUU